AUGCCGAAGAUCAACAGACCUCCCAAGACCAUCGAUACAAAUGCCUUUCUCACCAAUUGGCUUACUCCGUAUCUAGUCAUACCAGAAACGACUCGUACUUUCAAACCAUCAGACCACACUGAUCAGGGUAGAGUAUUGAAGAUUCUCAGUGUUGAAAGAAGAGCACAAAAAGAUGGCCUCUAUAGAGUCCAGAACGGACUCAAGGUAAUCGUGUGUGAUGCCAAUGUUAAGGUAUUUGCCGUGUUGACUCCGGACGCUAUCUGCCAAUAUGAGAAUACGGAACGAUGUCGAGUUACCAAGAGCUUGAUUAACUCGGAGAUUCUAGUUUAUGAUUUGGGGGUGAAAUUUAUAGAGGAAAGUGAUGCAUUGAGGGAUUAUGGAUUUAGAGUGACGGGAGAUAGAGAACACGAAGGAGAAUUGCGCAGAUACGCUACGAUAUAUAUAGAGAGGUUCGAGUUAUUUAGUCGAGAUAGAUGUAUGCCUAGAGAUGAGGGAAUGAUACCGUUUUUAUACGGAUGUAUUAAGUACAGGAACCGGUAUUUCUUGGAGUACUUGGGGGAGACAUAUGAUGAUUUAAACAGUGUUUAG